GAAAGUAAAAAGAAGUGAAGACGGUUGCUGCUAAUAUUGACUGCUAAGUUGCUAACUUCGGACUUCAAACUAGAUCUAGAACCCACAGUUUAAUGCCAUGUUGUGUGGAUUGUGCUGUGCCUAUAUAUUCUAAAUCUAUUUGAUACUACUAUCUCUAGUAUCUCACAUCGGAGUCUUGGACCCAGUCUAUUAACUAGUCCAUAUUUACACAUUGGUGUAUACAGUCUUGUUAAAUAUUUUGAAAAGAGUGGUGCUAAAUAAACAAUACUCAUUUUCUGUAUUGAAAUAUUUGCAUGGAACAGUUUGUAGAAAGCAAUCAACAGCAGCUUUAUAUGUACAUUGGCCAUUUUGUAAGAGAAGGUGUACAUACUGCAAUUUUAACAAAUAUAUAAAUAACUCUGUAGACCAUGAGCGUAUGAAGGCAUGUCUCAUAAAGGAAGCUGACACAUUAAUCAGGUUAGCUGGAGUUACAGAAAUUACAUCAGUAUUUUUUGGAGGUGGUACACCAAGUCUUGCAAAACCAGAAACAGUGAAAGCUCUUUUGGAAUCUGUUAAGAGUUUAGUGUCAAUUAAAAACAAUGCAGAAAUUAGCCUGGAGGUCAAUCCAACCUUUCUUGAAAUAGAAACACUGAGAGAGUUUUCAGAUGCUGGCAUCAACAGAGUUUCAAUUGGUGUACAAACUUUAAACAAAAAUGGAUUGCAAAUUCUUGGAAGAGAUCAUUCUGAGGAAGAAAGUUUGAAAUGUCUUGAAAUGUCAAAGUCUUUAUUUCCUGGCCAAGUAUCAAUGGAUCUGAUAUUUGGUUGGCCAUCCCAAACACUUGAUAUGUGGAUCUCAGAAUUAAAUCAAAUACUUCCCAUCUGUGAUAACCACCUAUCGUUAUACCAGCUAACUGUAGAAAGAGGAACACAUCUUUUCAAGCAGAUUCAACAAGGGCACUUGAGGCAGCAAGACAGUCAAGUUGUUGAGGAUAUGUAUUUAACAGCAGUAGACUUACUAGAAAGAAAUAGUUUUGAAAGAUAUGAGAUAUCCAAUUUUGCAAGGGAGAAAUGUUACAGUCAUCACAAUAAGGCAUAUUGGACAGGACAUGAUUACAUAGGCAUAGGGCCAGGAGCCCAUGGAAGAUUUCAGCCAGUUGCUUCCAAACAAAGGCAAGCAAGGAUACAAACAUUGGAGCCAAACGACUGGAUGUGGGAGGUGGAACGUUUUGGCCAUGCCACACGUAAAGCAACGUCUUUAAGCCAGCUACAGCAAUUAGAAGAACUUUUAAUAGUAGGGCUGCGAACAAGAGAGGGAAUCUCUAAUAAAGUCUGGAUGAAAAUUUCUGAAGAAAGAAGCAUACAAGAACUUCUGCAAGGUCCAGAAGUUAAACAGCUGGUUCAAAGAGAUCUUCUGAUGUUUGAUGGCGAAGAUUUGAGAGCAACAAAGGAAGGACAGAACAUCAUAGACAGCUUGUUGCCAGACUUGAUUAAUGUUCUUGGACAAAACCAGAGAUUAGCCGCGUCUAUGACGACACAACCGCAGAACCUUACUUGAUCUAAUAUAAAAUUAUAAAGGCAUAUGUGUAAUAAAUGUAACAUUCAUUGUAUUAUUGUUAAUGAUGUAGAUAUUGAAAUUAAUCAUUUAAAUAUUUUUUUUAAAGAUUUAAAAUUAAUAUUUAUUUUGAAAAUAGAUUUUAUUAUGUAAGAAUGUAAUAAUAUAAUGUUCCUUUAUUUUAUAUUUUUAUUUUUAUAUGAGAUAUUUAGCCAAAAAAUUUGUUUAAUAAUUAGAGCAUUUCUGAAAAAAAUUUUAUUCUUUCUUUGCCAUCUACACAAAUGUCACAAAGUGCACAGCUUUAAGUAAGUCAGA